AUAAGCAAAGGUGUAGUUAAGACGAGCUCAAGCCACCAGUGAGUUGUGUUUAUCGUUUGCCAAUUACACCUGUUCUCUUCUCGGUUGCUUUUUGGCGUUUUCUCUUUGCCUUCUCCUAUAUAACAAAACCAGAUCACCAAUACAGAAAAUGGGUUCGCUGUUAAGUUCUUCAAUCAAGAUGAGCAAGCAAGAACUUGAUGCUGCGCUUAAAAAGGCCAAGGAACUCGCCUCCUCUGCUCCUGUCGUUGUUUUCAGCAAAACCUACUGUGGCUAUUGCAAUAGGGUGAAGCAGCUGCUGACACAGGUAGGAGCAACUUACAAAGUCGUUGAGCUGGAUGAGAUAAGUGAUGGAUCUCAACUUCAAUCAGCACUAGCACAGUGGACUGGGCGAGGGACAGUGCCUAAUGUGUUCAUCGGAGGGAAAAACAUUGGUGGUUGCGACACCGUUGUGGAGAAGCACCAACGCAACGAACUCUUGCCUCUUCUCCAAGAUGCUGCUGCCACAGCUAAAAACUCUGCCCAGCUUUGAUUAUAUAUCGAAGACUUGAUGAAUCUUGUACUAAAAGUUGAAAAAAUGUUUCCCGUAUUACCAAUGUACCUGAAUUCCAAUCGUGCACCAAACUAAACGAGGUGUUAACAUCAAUAAUGUUGGUAUUUUUAUC